ACGUUUUUUUCACUGGUUGAAUCGAGCGAGGGACAGCACCAGCAACGUCAAUGACACGAUGGCGCACUGAUGGAGGGGCAGCAAAUCGAAGAUUGGGCGAUCUUGGCGCACUCCAGCUUCCCUUGCGGGGGAGUGGUGCGCUGCUCGACUUCAGGCGGCAGCCCACAGCCAAUGGGAAGAUGCCAGUGUCUUCUCUGGCGUUCUGCUCCCUAGCUAUCCGGACCCAGCAGGUCGCCGGGUGGGUCUCAGGGUCCUACUGCAGCUGCAGGGUCCUGGUUGGUGAAUCCGCGGCGCUGACGUCACGCCACCUCAUGCCCUCCACCGCUGACAUCACCCACGCCUGGUCGUGCCCUGAUUUCUCAUCAACCAUUGUCGUCCCAGCUUGGCUAUUGCCGGGCAGCAGUGACCGCAAUGACGACAGCCGCGGGCCAUGCAUUGCUCGCAAUGAUGCUGCGAUCCUCGAGCCAGAUGAAACCGUCGCAGCAUCUCCUCGCAGCGCUGCCGCACCAUGCCGCUUCUGGCUUCACGUUGACGACGAGAGUCUUACACCCACCCCCUCCCGUUCUUGCGAAACUGAUUUACCUUGUGCUUCUACGAAUGCUACGCGAUCAUGAUGCGCACCACCAAUUACUCUUAUUGUCACUUGCGUUGCGGCUGAAUUGAAUCAUUCUUGUUGUCGCUUCUCCUUUACGUCUAUCCCUUGACUUUUUCAUCAUUAUUGUACUUGUACCAACACCUACUACUGUCGACUUGUUUUUUCAACUUUUUUCUAUUACUUCAUUUUGUUGCAGCGACUGGGAAGCGGGGCUUUUACAUUUGGAAGGGAUCAUUUCGCAUAGACCAAACAAACACUUGUGUGCGUGUUUUUUUUUUCUCGCUUUGCAGCGCUUGACUUUUUUUUUCUUUUCUCAUCUUCUUGUUUCUCCGAAAUACCUAGCUUGCUUGGGGAGAAUUGUAUUAUUAAAGAUGAUAACAAAGGUCCACCAGACUGGAUCAAGGACCAAAAAAAUGCAUUCGAGACUCCCCGGAGAAGCGGGAUGAUAUUACAUGAGGGCACUGGGCGCAUUCACAACGGUUUAAAACAAUACACAUGGAUUUUCAGAGCGGAUGGUUUCUGAUACUAAUUUUCUUAUUUCUUAUUUCUGCUUUUCUUACAGUUUGUGAAAAUUACUUUUGGCUUGGAUAGAAAAGAAAAAAUAUGUAUAGUAGUAGUCUUAGUUUUUAUUUCAAUAUGGCUAUUAAAUUGAGCAGCCGCAUACAAUC